AUGCAUCGCAGCUCUUUGCUUCUCUCGGCCAGGCGGCUCCCGCAGCUGGAUCAGUCGUCGGCGGCCAAGCCGGCCUCGCGCUUCCGUGUGCUCGGCGUCAUGUAUCUCGCCGGAUCAACGAAUCCGCCGAAAGACGAGCGUCGAUUCGAGGCGCGAUUUCAUGUGCCGGCUGCUGCGGCUCACAUCGGGCGCAAAAUCCUGGGUGGAAUAGUGCGCGGCAAUGCACCUGUGCGCUCCUCGGGGGUGAGAAUGGAUGCUUUCGCAAGCGACAACUUGCCAGUCACAAACUCGGGCAUCGGCUCGUCCGCAUCGAUUCCCCCGAAAGACGACAUCGCACCUCGCGUCGGCUUGCCCGAUAACAAUCGCCUCUGUUCUAACCGCCACUCUGCUACGACAGCCCGCGAACCGACGCUGCAUGCUUGA